UAUGGUUUCCUUCCCUUCACAUCCAUGAGCUAACAACACUGAUAACACACGAUAAUACUUUUUUUACAUGGUUUCUUUCACUUUUUAUGAAUUCGUGGCGUGAUUCGGACUCCCGCACAGUUGCUGUCACUGUCCUUUUAAGCCUUUAACUGACUAAGUCCACGUGUAUGGACUGAACAGAAUGCUAGCAUGUGUUAGCACACCACGGCAGGAAGUGAUCUGUUUAGCUCCGGCAGGUGUUGUGAUGAAGUCUAUUUUAUCGUCUUCAUACUAAUGAUCUUAUUUACUAACAUCUUUGUAAUGGAUACUGAGGGAAUAGUCAUUCGAAUAAAAACUCCUUUAGGGGACAUGGAUUCUUCCGUCGACUGCCCAUCGCUCCUAAACUUCAGUGACUUACUGGUAGCUAUCAGGGAUGUUAUGCCAGAAGCCACCGUCACUGCUUUUGAAUAUGAAGAUGAAGUUGGUGACAGAAUCACUGUAAGAAGUGAUGAGGAGCUAAAAGCCAUGUUGUCAUAUUACUGCAGCACAAUGAAUGAACAGCGCAUGAAUGGACAGCUGCCAGAUCCUCUACAGAUAUUUCCACGAGCCGGCAAGACUCCAGGGAUCCGGAACAUACAUGGCCUGAAGGUGAAUACACGGCCUAACCCAGGCAAUGACUGCACACAUGGUUUCACAGACCCUAUGACCAACAACAGCUUAAAGCAAUCGUCUGCUGAGCUGAAGCGUAUCCUAACAAAUGGACAAAUAAAUGCCCAAGAUAUUCAAUAUCAAGAGCAGCUUGGGCAAGGAAAUGGAGGAACGGUCUACAAAGCAUAUCAUCUACUUGGCAAGAGGGUUUUAGCUGUCAAGGUAAUUCCUCUUGACAUUACUGUGGAGCUACAGAAGCAGAUCAUGUCAGAGUUAGAAAUUCUCUACAAGUGUGACUCACCCUACAUCAUCACUUUCUUCAGUGCUUUUUUUGUGGAGAACCGGAUAUCCAUAUGCACAGAAUAUAUGGACGGUGGUUCACUUGAUGUGUACAAAAGAAUCCCUGAGCAUGUCCUAGGGAGGAUUGCUGUGGCAGUAGUGAAAGGCCUAACGUAUCUGUGGAGCCUAAAGAUACUUCACAGGGAUGUCAAGCCCUCCAAUAUGCUGGUGAACACCCGAGGACAAGUGAAGCUCUGUGACUUUGGUGUCAGCACUCAGUUGGUGAAUUCUAUUGCCAAAACAUAUGUGGGAACAAAUGCAUACAUGGCGCCAGAACGGAUAUCAGGGGAACAGUAUGGUAUCCAUGCAGAUGUUUGGAGUGUUGGAAUCUCUUUCAUGGAGCUGGCCCUAGGCAUGUUCCCAUAUCCACAGAUUCAGAAAAACCAAGGCUCUUUAAUGCCUCUUCAGCUACUACAAUGCAUCGUUGAUGAGGAUCCUCCAGUUCUGCCUGCUGGACAGUUCAGCGAGAUGUUUGUUCACUUCAUCACACAAUGUAUGAGACGACAGCCCAAAGAGAGACCUGCACCCAAUAACUUAAUGGAUCAUUCCUUCAUUGUACAAUACAAUGAUGGAAAUGCAGAGGUUGUGUCCAUGUGGGUUUGUUGCUGUUUGGAAGAGAGACGAGCGCAGCAGGCUGAAGGUCGUAACUUACGCCAUGAUGGACCAUGAUAUUUUGAGCCAAGCUCUUGAACCCCGAGAGGCUUCAAGGUCAUGUACUCUAUUUCCAUAUGCACUCUGAAAAUGACCCAACACACACGGAUGGAAAUCACGACAUACUUGAGACUUGGUGCAUCACUUUUGCGCAGUGGCAAGAGCUCACAUCCUUUGGAUCGCUUCCUAGGCUUUGAAUUUGGAGUGGAGACCCCUCCGGCAACGGUCUUCUUCUGCAGGAAAGGUGAAAAGAGAUCAAUGAAGGUAGCAUCAACAUUUAUGAUCACAAUAUGCUGACACUGUUUGUGGUGUUGUCUUAGAAAAGUGUCUUGGCAACCCAUUAAGUGAAUGUUCAAGUGCUUGCUUGUGACGAGGUCAUUCCCUUGCCCAUGUUACCAGUGGUGUCAUCGAUUGCUUCAGAUCAUGUCUGGAGUAGCAAGAUUUUAGGACUAAAUACAGGCGGUCCUCGU